CACCAUGCCCUAUACUUCACUAGCAGAACCUUCACUCACACAGUUCCAAGUGCUAGUUAUUUGUGUUGUAUGAAAUAAUACAUUUCUUUGGCAUCAAGCAUACAUAUUAUAGUGUUGUUUGGCUUAGUGUACAUACACACAGAAUACGAAAAAUGGAGUGUAUCGUAGCGAACGUUGACAAUUUUAAAUUUGAUAUAGAAAUUGCUCUUGAAGAACAGUAUGGGGCUCUUCCACUGCCUUUCAACGGCAUGGACAAAUCGGUAGCUGCAGUAUGCCAAUUCUAUCCAAAAGGCACAUGUACAAAAGGAGCUGCUUGUCCGUACCGUCAUGUUCGAGGUGAUAGAACAAUUGUAUGUAAACAUUGGUUACGUGGUUUAUGCAAGAAAGGAGAUCAAUGUGAAUUUCUACAUGAAUAUGAUAUGACUAAAAUGCCUGAAUGCUACUUUUACUCAAGAUUUAAUGCAUGCCACAACAAAGAAUGUCCAUUUCUCCACAUUGAUCCUGAAACUAAAGUUAAAGACUGUCCUUGGUAUGAUCGGGGAUUUUGCAGGCAUGGUCCAUUAUGCAGGCACCGUCAUGUUCGUAGAGUUUUGUGCAUGACUUACGUAGCUGGAUUCUGUCCAGAUGGAUCUCAGUGUAAAUAUAUGCAUCCUCGAUUUGAACUACCUGCUUUGCAAGAACUUCAGCCAAAAGAGGGAAAAAAAGUUAUGAUCACAUGUCAUUUUUGUGGAGAAAGUGGUCACAAAGCCAUUUAUUGUAAUAAAAUGCCAGCUGAGAUGCGUGAGCAGCAUGCACGUCAAGAAAUGGAAAGACAAGAAGCUGCGCGUCAUGAAGGUGGACAACCCCCUCAUCAUCCAAUUCAUUUUCCUCCACCUUCAUUUCAUCAUCAUAGGCCUGGUCAUCAACCCAGAGAGCCAGGCCAAAGAGGUCCUCAGAAACCACUUGAAGAAGUUACUUGUUACAAAUGUAGUAGGAAGGGUCACUAUGCUAACAAAUGUCCUAAAGGCCAUUUAGCAUUUUUAAGUCAUUCAGGUAAUAUCGGAGGUGAUCACGGCGGUGGUAUCACUGCGUGAGAUAGCACAAUAAGGAUACAUUUUUUAAAUGUACAUAAGUGAGUGAGAAUUGUAUAAAUAGUGAUUGUGUUUUUUACGGUGAGUUAUAAAUUUGGAAUUCAUAUAAAAACAUGGCAUGCAAUAUAAAAUUAUUCCUACUUUUUAUAAUGAAUGUG